CUGUGUCUGAUGUUGACCAUGGAAGAGGCAAUAGUGGAGCCGGUUCGCGUGCAUACACUCGGUUCCCGACGUCAUUUUUUCUCUCCCUAUGUCCAGCGCUGCUCUCUCUCCUCCUGGAUUAAAGAUAACAUCAAGAAGAAAACGUGUUGUUUCUAUGUGGAGGAUGCUAGUGAAGGGAUUUGUAAGUGUGGAUACCCGAAGGUCCAACACUGCGAUGAGGCCAUCAAACCCGAGCAAUAUUUGGGUAAAGAGUGGAGUCAUCACAAACACAUCAGAGAAGAACCCACUGAUGCCUAUGGAGAUAUUAGUUUUGGUGGGCUUGGACAGAAAUUGGGGAAGUAUGUUCGGAUAUCAUCUGCCACACCACCCGAGCAUCUCUAUCAGUUGAUGACAGAACAGUGGAAACUACGUCUUCCCAAUCUCCUGAUAUCAGUGACCGGUGGGGCCAAAAACUUCGGCAUGAAGAGUCAAUUGAAGAAUAAGUUUCGCCGUGGCCUCAUCAAAGUGGCCCAGACCACAGGUGCAUGGAUCCUGACAGGUGGCACUCAUGCAGGUGUGAUGAAACACGUGGGUAUGGCCGUGCGAGAUUACACGCUCAGUAGCAGCUCAAUGGAGGGACAGAUCGUGGUCAUCGGUGUGGUGACGUGGGGUAUCAUUCAUAAUCGCCAAAAACUUAUCAGUGCUGAGGGUUGUUUUCCAGCGGAUUAUUCUCUGGAUGAGCAGGGACAAGGACGACUUUCAUGUCUGGAUAUAAAUCAUUCUCAUUUUCUUCUGGUGGAUGAUGGCACUCAUGGACGUUAUGGAGCUGAAAUUGAACUGCGGGCUCGACUGGAGAAACUGAUCUCUGAGCAGCCACUGGGGAACAGAGAGAGCGGUGUGACGAUACCUGUGGUCUGUGUGGUGCUGGAGGGUGGACCAGGAACUUUAAACACAAUUUAUAAUUCAAUGCUGAACAACACACCGUGCGUCGUCCUGGAAGGAUCCGGCCGUAUGGCGGACGUCAUCGCUCAGGUGGCCGGUCUGCCAGCGUCAAAGGUCACUGUGGUCCAUAUUAAACAGCUGAUGAAGAGGUUUUUUGGACAGGAGUACAAACGUUUUUCUGAGGUUCAGUUCAUUGAGUGGACCAAGAAGAUUCAGGACAUAAUCCGGAUGCCUCAUUUGCUGACUGUGUUUCGUAUCGACGAAGAGAAAAACAGUGACGUUGAUGUUGCCAUUCUGCAAGCUCUGCUCAAAGCAUCCAGGAAUGAAGAGGGCACCGGUCGACAGUCUUGGGAGAGACAGCUGGAGCUUGCUGUGGCCUGGAAUCGAGUUGACAUUGCAGAGACCGAGAUUUUCACUGAGGAGAGCCAAUGGACGUCCAGUGAUCUUCACCCGUCCAUGUUCUCCGCUCUGGUGGGCGAUAAGCCGGAGUUCGUGCGUCUCCUGCUGGAGAACGGUGUGUGUGUUCGGCAGUUUCUGGAAAAUGAAGAGACGCUCUGUGAACUUUAUGCCAACAUGCCCGGUUGUUUCUUCUCACGUAAGCUGGUUAAACGUGUUCAGGACGGCAGGACCCGCAGAGGUCAAGCGUCAUCCACCGGCAGUAAUAAAGUUUCACUGAUUCACGUGUCUGAAGAAGUGAGACAUUUGUUGGGCAGCUUCACUCAGCCUCUGUAUGGCUCACCACGCCACAAAACAACUAAAGACAACGUGUGUUUAACGGUGCCAUCCAAAGCGCCGGUCGAGCUUCCAUGUUAUGGUGACGAGUCGACCCCAGACUCGGUCUCGGAUCCGGGCCGGGAUCUCUUCCUCUGGGCUGUUGUACAGAAUAACAGAGAACUGGCAGAAAUUGGUUGGGAACAGUGCAGAGAUUGUAUCGCAGCCGCUCUGGCAGCCAGUAAGAUCUUGAGAAAACUGGCGCGGGAAACCCGAGAUCUUGAUGGUGAGGAGGCGAAGGAAAUGAGAGAUCACGCCGAUCACUAUGAGGCACAAGCCAUGGGUGUUUUCAGUGAAUGUCACAACAGUGAUCCUCAGCGAGCUCAGAAACUCUUGAUCCGUAUGUCACCGGCGUGGGGCAGAUGCACCUGUCUGUGGCUCGCUCUGGAAGCUCAGAAUAAAAGAUUCAUCGCUCACUCAGGAGUCCAGAGUCUGCUCACACAGAUCUGGUCCGGUGAGCUCUCAGUGGAUAAUCCAUACUGGAAGGUUUUGGUCUGCAUGGUCUUUUUUCCUCUUAUAUACACUGGCUUCUUGUCCUUCAGACGUGAUGAAGAUAUUCAGAGAGCGGCAGAGAGGACAGAGCAACAGAAACUGGCCAUGGAUUCUGGACACACAAAUACCAAAAUUAAAAACAAUUUACGUGGCUCUUCACAGACGUCUCAGCUCAAGCCUCUGAACUGCGGAUCUCGCCUUAUGAAAUUCUUUCAUUCACCUCAAGUGAAGUUUUACUGGAGUAUCGCCUCUUAUUUUGGUUUCCUGUGGCUCUUUGCCGUGGUUCUGAUGAUCGAUUUCCAGACUUUUCCAUCAUGGAGAGAACUUCUGCUCUACGUCUGGCUGGGAUCACUGGUGUGUGAGGAGGUUAGACAGCUUUAUCACGACUUUGAUGGCUCUGGUUUUCGUAAGAAAGCAAAGUUGUAUAUCAAAGAUGUGUGGAACAUUCUGGAUGUGCUGUCAAUUGUGCUGUUCAUCGCCGGUCUGGUAUGCAGGCUGGAGUCCUCAGACACUUUGUUCUACAUUGGUAAAGUUCUUCUGUGCAUUGACUUCAUUAUAUUCUGCCUGAGACUGAUGGCCAUCUUUACCAUCAGUCGAACCCUGGGACCCAAAAUCAUCAUUGUCAGGAGAAUGAUGACGGAUUUGUUCUUCUUCAUGUUUCUGUUGAGUAUCUGGGUGGUGGCGUACGGCGUGGCUAAGCAAGGCAUUUUGAUUCAGAACGAAGACAGACUGGAUUGGAUCCUCCGCGGUGCUGUUUAUGAGCCGUACCUCAUCUUAUUCGGCAACCUCCCCACUGAUAUAGACAACACUCAGUUUGAUAUGAACAGCUGUAGUGUAAAUGCCACAGACCCUUUAAAGCCCAAAUGUCCCAUUUUAAGUGACGACAACAUGCCAGUAUUCCCAGUAUGGCUGACCGUCAUUCUGCUGUGCGUCUAUCUGCUGUUCACCAACAUUCUGCUGCUUAACCUUCUUAUUGCCAUCUUAAGCUAUACGUUCCAGGAGGUUCAGGACAACACCGACACCAUCUGGAAGUUCCAGCGUUAUGAGCUGAUUAAAGAAUAUCACAGUCGUCCUGCUCUCCCGCCACCCUUCAUCCUCAUCAGUCAUCUCGUCAUCUUCAUCAAAGGGGUGUUUGUGCGUUCACCAGCACUGGGACACAAAUACUUCAGACGAGAGCUUGGGAAGUCUGAGGAAGAGGAGCUGCUGUCAUGGGAGGCUUUCAUGAAGGAUAACUAUCUGUCAUCUACACGUCAAGAUGAGAAUCACAGUGUGGAGCAUCGAAUCCAGGACACAGCUGAGAAGGUUGGAGAGAUGUCUGAACUUCUGGAGAGGGACCAGAAGAUGGUUUCCACCAAAAUGGCAAAAAGACUCGCCAAGCUGGAAGAGCAGGUCACUGAAUCCACCAAAGCUCUUCGCUGGAUUAUGGACGCUCUGCAAUCUCAGGGAUAUAAAUCCAAACUGGAACCGCCUUUAUUGACAAGUAAAAGCACUGACAAGGACGAUGGUGAGUCCAGCAGACAGGAGACAGAAGAUGAGAAGUCUCCUCACACCUAUGCACGUCAGCUUCAGUAUCCCGGCAGUAAUUUCAGACGCUUUCCUGUACCUGAAGAGAAGGUGUCCUGGGAGACAAACUUCACUCCUUACCUUCCCCAAGUUUACAAUCAGCAGGAAAGCGAGAAUAGUUCAGAUGCUUCAAUUUUAGACAAAUACAGGAAUCCAGGAGGAAGAACUGGGAUACGAGGAAAAGGGGCUCUUAAAUCCCUUGGUCCAAAUCACAAAAUCCAUCCAAUCCUUACCAGAUGGCGUGAUAGUGAACAGACAGCACUGGAAUUUCUCGCCGUUUAUAAAGAUGCAGAGAAGUGUUUUUGUCUUCCAGGGGGUCCAGCCAAAGCUAAUGAGACUCUGCCACAGACACUGGAGAGAAUUCUGGGUAAAAAAUUAAACGAGAGGAUCAAAUCUGAACUACAGGCUGCAGAACAGAUUUAUAAGGGUUAUGUAGAUGAUAGCAGAAACACAGACAAUGCCUGGCUGGAAGCCACUGUCCUCACACUUCACUUUGACAAUCACAGUCCAGUGAUGUCACAAAUAAACGCCAUCGUUGAAAGCCCGUCGUCAUCUCUCCAGCCCUUUCAAUGGCAAGAAGUGAGCAUUAAAACAUGUUUGUGUCCGUACCAACGAGAGGCUUUACGUCUCAUAGCGCAGCGUCACAACACAAACUUCUGAUCUUCAGGAAAACACACUACAUCAAAAACUAUGACCUCAACCACACAACCGUUUUACCUGUGCUGAAAAGCUUGAAUUCAUGGGAAUGAUCUUUAAUCAGGAUGUUAUUUGAAAGAAAAGACACUGUUGGCAAACAGAAUUGUGAAGAUUAUGGCUGCUUUUAUAUUCAUUUCAAAAGCUCUGCAAUCUGCCAUUCGUCUGAAAAACAUGCAUGUCAGUGGAUCAUUUUAUUUCAAUUUUCUCAUUUAUUUCUUCUUAUUUAAUUCAUUUUAAUUUUAAAAAUGUUUUAUGAUGGGUGUUUUGCUGUCUUGGUCAAUAUGAAUGUGGUUGAUGAGCUUUUUUUGUAAUACUCCAUUAUGUGUUAUCACAUACAUUACUGGAAGUCAAUAGAGAAUAGUAUUGCCUUAUUCAGUUACAGGACGCAAUAAUGUUGAACAAAUGCUUACUGGUUUAGAUGCCAUAGAUGUAUAGAUAGAUGCACAGAUAGAUAAUUACUGCAUGCGUGAUGCUAUCGAUGGUGUAGAGUAAGCUGGCUAUUAUUGCACAGUUAACCCUGACAGGUUGAUCAGGAUCCUUUUGCAAAGUUAUGAGAGGCUGUAAUUUAUUGUACUUAUUUGACAGCUACUUACCAAAUAAAUCAAGGACAUUAACUAUUGAUUGAAAUAUAUAUUACAGAAGAUGUUAUUGAUUGCUCACAAUCUGAUAUUCCUGAAACUCAUGUAAUAGUGAGUUCUGACGGGGUGUUUUGUGCGAAAAAGCAGGAUCCUAUUACACAACACAUUAUAAAUGUAAUAAAGCAAAUAUAUGAGCACUUAAUGUGGUAACACAAAAUGGUACAUGCAGUUAUAAAUGCCUUACAAUUAGAAAGCAAGGCAGUGUAUGUGAAGUAAAUAAAGUCUCUUACAUACAAAUUUUGAGUUUGAGUGUGAAUCAGGUUUGUAAUUAAAAUAUAAAAAUAUUCUGCCAUGCCAAAGAAUUAAAAAACUCCUAAAAACAGUGUGUGCAAAUGAUCAGGUGGGACUGUCAAACGAUUAAUCGCAUACAAAAUAAAAGUUUGUGUUUGCAUAAUAUAUUUGUGUGUGUAUUGUGUGUAAUAAUUAUGAUUAUAUAAAUGCACACAUACAUGUAUAAAUGUAA